AUGUCCGUAGUGGGAUUUGACUUGGGAAGCCAAUCUUGUUAUGUAGCAGUUGCUACCGGCGGUGUCAUUGAAACAGUUACUAACGAAUAUAGCGAUCGAUCCACCGGAUCUUAUGUAUCGUUCGGUCAACGACUUCGAUGUGCUGGUACCUCUGCCAAGAAUCAGGCUAUCACCAAUCUGAAGAAUACGACCUUUGGCUUUAAGAGAUUGCUCGGCCUCAGUUAUGAUCAUCCACUCGCUCAAACUGAAAUGAGCAAUUUAAUUAAUGAAUUUGUUAAAACUGAUAACAACGAAAUAGGUUACAAGGUGCGAUACUUAGAUGAAGAACAUAUCUUUACACCAUUGGAACUAAUUGUUGCUAUGCUAACGAAACUAAAAAAUGUCGCAGAAACAGCAUUACAGUCUAAAGUAACAGACUGUGUAAUUUCGAUUCCUAUUUACUUUGCUGACUCUCAAAGGAGGCAAGUGUUGGAUGCAGCUCGAAUAGCUGGAUUAAAUUGUUUGCGACUGUUGAAUGAUACCACUGCAGCUGCUCUGGCUUAUGGUUUCUACAAAUCUGAUCUACCAAAUGCGGACAGUGAAACGGCCAAAAAUGUAGCAUUUGUAGAUAUGGGCUAUACAGGAUUUCAAGUCUCCAUUUGCGCAUUAAAGAAAGAAAGCGUUAAAAUUCUUUCCUCUGUUGCCGAUCAUACUUUGGGUGGUCGAGAGAUAGACUACAGACUUUUACAGCACUUUAUCGAAGUUUUCAAAGUUAAAUAUCGAUUAGACAUUAAUGAGAAACCAAAGGCUAAGCUACGUUUAUUAUCAGAAUGUGAAAAACUAAAAAAAUUGAUGAGCGCUAAUACUACUGAGAUUCCUAUGAAUAUUGAAUGUCUCAUGAAUGAUAGAGACGUUAGCGGUAGAAUGAAAAGAGCUGAUAUGGAGGAAUUAUGUCAAGACUUAUUCGAUAAAAUACCUGUAGCUCUCAAUAAAGCUUUGGCAAAUGCGAAGAUUACUGCCCAGGAAAUUGCUAGUAUAGAAAUUGUCGGAGGAUCGACACGUAUACCGGCUGUUAAGCAAGCUUUACAAACAUUUUUUGGCCAGGAAAUUAGCACGACUUUAAAUCAAGACGAAGCUGUAGCUAAAGGAUGCGCACUGCAAUGCGCAAUAUUAUCGCCUAAAGUUAGACGUCGUCAGUUCGCUAUUGCAGACAAAGCAAUGUAUGAUGUGCACUUUAUUUGGGGAAACUCUAAUCCUUUCCAACUAGUAGCCGGAGAUGCACUUUUUCCUUGCCUUAAAUCUAUUACAUUACCUAAAGCCGUGAAGGGAGACUUUCCGCUAAAUACUUUUUAUCAAUAUCCGGAAGAAAUAAUCAAUAACCAAAUUAAUAUUACACGUAAUCAGGUUCAUGUUCCUGAUGCUGAGACGGAUUCACCAUCUGUUAAGAUAAGAUUUCGCCUUGAUGAUCAUAGAAUCCUCAGUUUAGAGGAAAUUACAUUAGAAGAAAAGUUGCCAGCACCUGCUGCAGAAACUGAGGCUGAAGCAUCUACCGGUAAAGCGAAAGAGGAAACUCCUGAUCAAAGUGAAAAAAUGGAGUGCGAUGAUGCUAAAAAAACGGAUGAUAAGCAAGGCAAGGAAAGUAAAAGUAAGCCAAAGCAUGUUAAAAAAUCUACCAAGGUACCUUUUGAACAUGGUCUAACAUUCUCCAUGAGUAAUACUGCUCUUGAAAGAGCGAUUGAAAAGGAGCUCGAAAUUCAAGAAAAUGAACGCAAAGAAAAAUUAAGAGCGGAUGCUAGAAAUAGUGUUGAGGAAUAUGUAUACGAUAUGCGAGGAAAAAUUUAUGAACAACUUAGCGAAUUUAUUUCAGAGGAAGACCGUGAAGCUUUUUCACGAAAACUAGAUGACGCUGAAAAUUGGUUAUACGAAGAUGGCGAGGACGCUGAGAAAAGUGCUUACACGAAUAAAUUGGAAGAGUUGAAGAAACUUGGUAAUCCUAUCCUAUUACGAUAUCGAGAAAGUCAGACAAUUGAUGCAGCUAUGCAAGAUUUACUACGUAUUACGAUGCGGACAAGGAAAGAAAUAAAUCGCUUUGAUAAUAAGGAGGAAAUCUAUUCACAUCUUGAUCCUAAAGAAGUAGACAAAUUACGAGAAGAAGCCGCCUCUGUACAACAAUGGGCAGACAAGCAGAUAGGUGCCCUUCGACAGAAAAAGAAGUACGAUAAUCCAACUGUUCUAACCAAGGAAGUUGAAGAAAAAGCAAAGGGACUAUCCAAAUUAGCAACUUCAGUACUAGAUAAGAAGAAGCCUAGUCCACCCAAAGAUAAAGAACCAGAAAAGGCAAAAGGUCAAAACGAUACGCAGAAAAGGACUGAGGACAAAUCGAAUGCCGAGGAGCCCGAGGCAAUGGAUGUAGAGAGUCCUGCAGGUGACAACACUGCAAAGACAAAUGAAAAUGUAGACUGUCAAUCCUAA